AAGUCCCAGCACUAGUUCUGAUAAUCGAGUCCGCCGGGCCACACGUGUAUUGAAUUCGCUAUCAAUUAUUUCAUAAAGCGUUUUACCUUGCAUUUAUUAAGAUAGAAAUGGCUGCUGCUAUUAAGAGAAUUAUCCCAAUGCUUGACCGCAUCCUGGUGCAGCGCGCCGAGGCUUUAACUAAAACGAAAGGUGGCAUUGUUCUGCCAGAGAAAUCGGUUGGCAAAGUUCUGGAAGGUACGGUUCUAGCAGUUGGACCUGGCUCCCGUAACGCUACCAAUGGCAGCCACAUUCCAAUUGGUGUCAAGGAAGGUGAUCGAGUUCUACUGCCAGAAUUUGGCGGCACCAAAGUGCAGGUGGACAGCGAUGAGAAGAAGGAACUGUUCUUAUUCCGUGAAUCUGACAUAUUGGCCAAGUUGGAAUAACAGAUGCGCAAAUUUAUGUUUUCUUUUAGUACGUAACCGAAGAAUAAAGUUUAAAUGCAAUGUUUUUGUUUGCAUUACCACA